AUGAAGGUACCAACCAAUAGAAAAAUAGUUAAAAAAGUCGAAACAUUUGAUAACAAUAUAACAAAUCGAGGAAAUGUCCCAACUUCAGUUUCGAAAAAAGGAAAGAAAUAUCCAGUAGGACCCAUACUACUUGGAAUAUUUAUUUUUAUUGUAAUCGGAUCAGUUGUUAUUCAAAUUUUGAAAAUAUACAACAGAUCAAAUAGCUAUUAUUAUUGA